CUUUCAAGAAGCUUUGGCCAUCUACCCUCCCUGCGGCAGGAGGAAGAUCAUACUUUCAGAUGAGGGGAAGAUGUAUGGUCGAAAUGAGCUGAUAGCUCGCUAUAUCAAGCUGCGAACGGGGAAGACGCGCACACGCAAACAGGUGUCUAGUCAUAUUCAGGUUCUGGCACGUAAGAGGGUACGAGAAUACCAGACCAGCAUCAAGGACCAGGUAUCCAAAGACAAGGCACUGCAGACAGUAGCCAACCUCUCAUCAGCUCAGAUUGUGUCUGCUAGUGUAAUGAAACCCCAGACUCCGUUCCCUCCACCAGUCAGAUUUUGGCCCGGCCCAGUGCCAGGACAGCCUGGACAUUCUCAGGACAUCAAGCCCUUUGCACAGCCACCGUACACCACACUACCAGCCCCGGUCCCUGCACCCAUCAGCUAUGAGCCCCUGCCUCCCCCUCGCCCUGCAGCUAUAGCAGCGCCUGUGUGGCAAGACAGAACCAUCGCCUCAGCAAAGCUACGGUUACUGGAGUACUCUGCUUUUAUGGAGAUCCAGAGAGAAAGGGAGACGUAUAAACACCUUUUUGUACUCAUUGGCCCAUCAAACCCGGGCUACAAUGACCCCGUACUGGAGUCCAUAGAUGUGAGGCAGAUUUACGACAAGUUCUCUGAGAAAAAAGGAGGCCUGAAGGAGCUGUAUGAAAAAGGGCCGCACAAUGCGUUCUUCCUCGUCAAGUUCUGGGCGGACCUGAGCAGUGACAUUGAGGAGGGUUCAGGUGUGUUCUACGGUGUGAGCAGCCAGUACAGUGGAACAGAAAACAUCACCAUCAGUGUCUCAACAAAGGUCUGCUCCUUUGGUAAACAGGUGGUGGAGAAGGUUGAGACAGAAUAUGCACACAUGGAAGGGGGAAAGUAUGUGUUUCGCAUCCAUCGUUCUCCCAUGUGUGAAUACAUGAUCAACUUCAUCCACAAACUCAAACACUUGCCUGAGAAAUACAUGAUGAACAGUGUACUGGAGAACUUCACCAUCCUACAGGUGGUGUCCAACAGAGAAACUCAGGAGACUCUGCUGUGCAUCGCCUUUGUGUUUGAGGUGUCCACUAGUGAACAUGGAGCACAGUACCAUGUUUAUCGACUAGUUAAUGACUAGCAGCACGCUCUGUGCAUGCAGAGACUCUCUUUACAGACUUUUUGAUACACGCAGCAUAAACACUAUUUCCAGUUCAAACACACCGAAUCCCCACUCCUCUUCUCUAAACACACACUUAUUUUAACAGACCAACAGUCACACUGUAGUCACACCUUUUAUUUUUUUUUAUGUAAGUGCAUUUCCAUCGCUGCAAACUAUGCACAGCAUCCCUCGACUUAAACACCGAAGUGAAUUUAAUUUUAUAGAUUUUGACCAAAAUCUGGUGUAAUUAUCAGUAAGUGUUGCGAAGUUAUCCAAUUUCAUUCUUCAGUCACAUAAAAGUUUCGCUUUGUGAAACCAAUCUCAAUUACUAUGUUCACAUGCACAAAAUAUUCUGUUUUUUUACCUUUAUACGGAAAAAGACAAUAUUCCUUACUAAGCUGUUUACAUGGCUAAUAAAAAUGAAUAUUCCACUAAUACUUCCAUUCACAUGCAGAUGUGCAUACAUGUGGUUUAUCACAUAAAAAAAGAUGGAAAAGUGGAGUGGCUGGAGCCGUUAGUGCUGUUUCGCUUCUUCAAAAUAGGAUUUUUUAAAAGUUUCCCUAGUAGUGGCAGACUUGUUAAUCCAUGUGUACACAGCCACCCUCUCUCAUGCCUUCAACCACCUUUUUGAAAAGGUCAGCGUUGUGAUAUUUGUGCAUAACCUGUUGAUAUGGAAGUCUCUCAUAAUGUUUAAAAGUAGAUGUUUUUCUACUUUUGACCAGAAACAUGAGCUUUUCUUUUGGGCAUGCAUCUGUAAGCAGGUAAGAAGCCAAACCCAAACCAAGAUGCAUUUUCUGAAUGCACUGUAUACUGUACAAAGAAUUCUCCUAAAAUCGGAAUAAUACGAGCAUUUCCUACAUGUCUUAAUUGGAGAAUGAAAUAAGGGCUUAUUCCAAUAUGCCGUUUACAUGAAUUGUAUUGAAUAUGGAAUAUUGUCAUAUUCUGAUUAAUAGUGGAAUAUUAGUGUGCAUGUAAACAUAGUUAAUGUCAGACUCAAAAUAUCACAGUUCUUAUAGGUAUUUGGUAUUUCUUUUAAAUAAGAAAUUUGAUUCACCAACAAGCACAUGAAAAACAAAACAAAAAAAAGAAACCAGCAAACUACAUUUAAUCAAGUAUAAUAUGUGAGGUUCUUCCAUCAUGUACAUUAUAUACACAAUGGCAAUGUGGCUGUGAUGCACUAAAAAUGAAUACUCUAAUUUCCAGGGAGUUUUCCAAGCAUAUGCAUUUACAUCAUAGGUGUGACUGAUGUGAGACGAGUUUGAAUAUUGGUUUCCAAUCAAAUCAUUUAAUCAGUGUUAAUGUAACUCUUAUGACAAUGACUAUUUCUUCUACAGUUUGUAUCUCUGUAAGGUAGGAAUCGAAUGAACGUAUGAUGAUGUGUCUUUAAUCACUGCUUACUGUGGAGAAUCAUGAUCUCCAGUUGGUUCAGUCUAAACUGUGAGGAUCAUAUGACAGAAAGUACGAGUGUGCCUCUUCCCAGAAUGCAAUGCACUACAUGUAAAGACCUAAAAGUUGUAUUUAUAUUUGAAACACUUCGUCAAAGUUUAAAGAGAGCCAUCCUUUUAGGUGUAUUUGCUGUUUAAGGGUUUGCAGUGGAGGGAAGAUCUUUUGAUCAAAUGUCAAGGAGGUGAUUUUACGUUUGGCUCACUCAUCUUGGAAACAAAACAGUUCACCGUUUCACACUUUGGUGUCAGCAGCAUUUUCAAUGAAAGAAUGAUCUUUUACUGUUCAUUUAAACAGUACUGUUUUUACUCUGACUGUGUGGGCUCGCUGCAGUAUUUCUACCUCCACGUGAGUUGGGAUGAGAAUGUGCUUUGGUUCAUAAAGCCUUAACCUGAGGAGCACUGAUGUAUAGGACGUGUACACUACACUUGUAAUGGUACUGUUUAUAAGCCAAAACAAGGUUAAUAGACUCGUUUUUGUAAAGAUUGAACUAUCUUUUUUUUGUAUUUUACCAGCACAGCUAGAAGUGUUACUCUAAACAUCAGAAAUUAUUGGUGUUUUGGUCGUAUCUUUCAAUGUAAGCAAUGUAAUGUAUGGUACAGACCACACUAAGGUCACCCACAGUGCACUGGGGUAGGUUUUUGUCUGAUAACACUAACAAAUUAUCCAGCUUACACUUGCUUUUUAUCUUUUGUUCUAUGUAAUAUCUCUGAUACACGUUGCUACCAGCAUUUUCUUUUUUAUAAUAAUGUUAUUUGACUCUAUUAAGCCCUUUUCCUGGCAGGAUUAUCUUUAGCCAUGCUGAAGGUGAAGAUGAUUUGAAAGUAAGAGCCGACUGGUUCAGUUUUAAAUAACCAUAUUCACUGUGUGGUCAGCAAAAAAAAAAGUUUUAUUUUUCCUAUCAGUGUACUCCGGUUGGCAGUGCCUCAUCACUCCUUUGGUCAAGUCUGCUCAAUGAAUUAAAUCUGUGCCUUUAUGCUGUACCAAUAAAAUCACAUGGUGUUUGCAGAA